AUGGAACAAUCUGCUAAUCCUACCAACUCCCCGACGGAUCAAUCUGCUAAUCCUUCCAGCCCCUUCUAUUUGCAUCCUGGGGAGAAUCCUGGUCUUUCCCUCAUCCCUCAAGUUCUGAACGAAAACAAUUAUUCCUCUUGGAGCAGAAGUAUGAGGAGGGCCCUUCUUUCAAAAAAUAAAAUCAAAUUCGUUGAUGGGUCAAUCAAGAAACCUCCAAGAAGUGAGGCUUUGUUUGACGCUUGGGAGAGAUGUAACAUGAUGGUACUCUCUUGGAUCAUAAAGACCCUUUCUCCACAAAUUGCAGAGAGUGUUAUAUAUGUGGAAGAGGCAAAGGAGCUAUGGGAUGAAUUGAAGGAAAGGUUCUCUAAAGGAGAUUACUUCAAAAUCUCAGAUUUACUCCAGGACAUUCAUUCAAUAAGGCAAGGAGAAAGAGGCGUGAACCAAUUCUUCACAGAUUUGAAGAUUCUUUGGGAAGAGUUGGAAUCACUUAGACCCAUACCCACUUGUAUUUGUAAAACUCCUUGUAGUUGUGAGCUUUCAAAAAUCUCUAUCAAGUAUAGAGAAAUGGAACACGUAAUAUGUUUCUUGAAGGGUCUGAACGACACAUACAACACUGUUAGAACUCAAAUACUUUUGAUGGAACCCCUUCCUAAUAUCAACAAAGUUUUCUUGCUCAUCAUGCAGCAAGAAAGGCAGGAGAGACAAGAUUUAGGUGUUGUUGACCAUAAACAAACUGCUGAAACAAGGAUUCUGGCUACUGCCGCUGACAGAAAUAACAACCAGACAUGGAGAGGACAAGGACGUGGAGUUGCUUCACGUGGUCAAGGAAGAGGAACAGGAAGGAACCCCAACUAUGGAAAGCAAUGUUCCUAUUGCAACAAAAUGAACCACACUGUGGAUGAAUGUUACUCCAAGCACGGUUAUCCACCUUAG